ACUUUCCUUGAAUGUCAUGACUCUUCUGCCCCGUUGCGAAGAAGUCGAGACAAAACAGGGUGUUGCCGUCACCGUUACAGCAGCCGCCCAAGUUAUGGUUAUGGCAGAGGAUCACAUGACAGAUGACGCUGCUGGGGGCGAGCGCGAUGCGUUUAUGAAAAAGGCAUUGGAACAGUUUGUUGGCAAGUCCCGUUCACAGAUCGAGGACACCAUCCUCCAGACCCUCGAGGGUCAUCUCCGUGCCAUUCUUGGUACUUUGACCGUGGAGGAGAUUUACAAGGAUCGUGAAUCUUUUGCCCGCCUCGUUCGCGAAGUGGCCUCCCCGGAUAUCGCCAAGAUGGGUCUUGAAAUCCUGAGCUUCACUAUCAAGGACGUGGUGGACUCUGUCCAGUACCUCGAGUCUCUGGGCAAGGGUCCCACUGCUGCCGUCCAGCGCGAUGCCGACAUUGGCAAGGCCGAGGCCAUCCGUGACUCCGGCAUUGCCGAGUCCACUUGCCAGAAGCAGCGCAUGGCCGCUCGCUACGAUGCCGAUACCGCCAUUGCCAACUCGGAUCGACAGUACAUGAUGCAACAGGCCGCUUUUGACGAGGAGGUGAACCGUGCUCGCGCCGAUGCCGAUCUGGCCUUUACUCUGCAAUCGGCCAAGUGCCGUCAGGAUAUCCGUAAGGAACAGGUCGAAAUCGAGGUCGUCGAGACGCAUCGCGAAAUCGAGGUCGAACAACAAGAAGUCAUCCGCAAGGAGAAGGAGCUGGUGGCCACCGUCAACCGCCCCGCCGAAGCCGAGCGCUUCAAGGUGGAGACGCUGGCCGAGGGUAACCGUACUCGCGCGGUGCUGCGAGCCCAGGGUGAGGCUGAGAGUAUCAAGGCUGUCGGUGCUGCCGAGGCCUUUGCCAUCCAGGCCAAGGGUGAGGCCGAGGCCGCAGCCAUGGCUGCGCGGGCCACUGCUUUCCAGAAGUACGGUGAUGCCGCUACCGUCUCGCUCGUCCUGGAGGCGCUGCCCAAGAUUGCGGCGGAAAUCUCCGCGCCCCUGGCCAAGACCAAGGAAAUUGUGCUCGUCAGUGGUGAUGAGUCCAUGACCGGCGAGAUCUCCAAGCUGGUCAGCCAACUGCCCCCGGCCGUUCAGGCACUAACGGGCGUGAACCUCACCGAGGUAUGUCUGCAUGCACUGCCAUUUCCUACUUGUCAUUCCAUCUGGAAGGGCACGUCCUAG